AUAAAUAUGCACAGUAUAUUUAUUUUUAAUUUGCUUUCACGGACCGACCAUGUCGUCUGCCAAAUCCUUAGCGGAAGAAGGGGACGUAGGCCACAACCUACAGACUGUGGUUGAUUCCAUUUCUGGCCGCUUUCUGAUUUACACGUCUUGUUCAAGCGAUUGUUGGAUUGUUCAUGUAACAAAUGGCGUUGAUGUGUGGAGGUCAGUAAUGGAUCAGACGAGCUUAGACUCUCAUAGGGAGUUAGCAGAAGUGGCAAACUAUGAGGCCUACUUUGCAAGAUUCAAGAAAGCAUUUACUAGUGGUGAUCUGCUGGUCACAAAACAAGCUCACAAAGUUAGUUUGGAUGUAGGCACAGGGUCGGCUGCACUGAGAUAUGACCUAUAUGAGGCCACAGCCAGCGAGAGGAAAGCGGAUCUCAAGAGCGCCCUCUUUUGGCUGGCUGACACCGUUUCUGACGUGACUAAUAAACUUACAAAGUGUGAAGAAGAACUGAGUGUACUGAAGAAACAAAAAGGAACGAGCAGUGUUGCAGCAGUCCUUCCAGAUAUUGAUACUAAAAAGAGGUCGGGACAAAUCAAAGUUCAAAAGCAGCAAGGUCAUAGCAUAGUCAACCCCAGCAGUAAAAAACGGAAAGCUGCAACAGGAGUUCAGUUUGACUGAGACUGAUUGAGGUCAAGUAUUACUGAGAACGAUUGGGAUUCAGGAUUUAUCAUGAAGUGCUUCAAAUUUAUGGUUGGCAGUCAACUUUAAUGAUUAGGCCUUUCCCUGUACUUCAUUGUGCUCUUGAAAUAUCUCCAAAAUAAGGCAAAUUAGGCUGCAUCUCAUAUUUUAUGGUUUUGUAGGCCAUUUAGGUGGAUAUUACACAGACUUUUUGUGUCACUAAUUCAAGGUUUACACUUAUGAGAAAACAGUUAUUUACAAGCCAACAUGGACGCUGUUUUACUGUUAUCGAUUCUUAAUGUAUCCGAUUCUGUGAUGGAUUUUAUUUGUCUAGUAUCGAUUCCCUCAGACUUGUAUUUGAUUCUACCAUUAUCUGUAAAUUGCACCCUCUGUUGAUCGAAUAUAUUUUUCAAGUGCAAAAGUGUACAUGUGUAACAAACACCAGAUAGUAACGUCUGGGACCAAGACUAGGUGCAACCAUAAACUUUUACUAUCCUCACCAUGCAAACCUUCAAAUCUUAUUUUUCAAACUCGUAAUGUGAAUUUAAAUUUGAAGCACAUGCUUUAUAGGGGUGAGAUGGGGUUAAAGAAAAAAACAAAUAAUAAUCAGCAGAGGGUUGGAGGGUCGCCAAGAGCUCAAAAGCAACAUAGGGUCAAUGGCAUAUGUCUGUAUUUGCCACAUAUAAACUUUUAUAAAGACACCUUUACACUAAAACCUCAGGAAUUCGAGAUUUCAAAAAGGAUGCUAUAGAAAAAAACCUGAUAAAAAAAAAUGUGAGCAAUCUCGACUCGGUCUUUAGAUAAGGGAGGUUUUUAAACAAACUGAAAUUUAAAUGCAAAUCAAUAGACUACAACACUUUUUAUAUUAUCUUUAUUGCUCUUAAAAAUUCAUGUUAUAAACGACUGACAUUGUAAAUAAAAAUAAAACAAUGUGUAGGAAA